AUAAAAGCGCACCAAAUCAGAAAACCAUCCACAGUCAUUGCAGCAUCAUGAAGGGUUUUCUAUCGAUCGUUUUGUGCCUGGUUCUCCUGAAUCUUGAUCCAACUUUGGGUCGUCGAAGAGGAGGAGGAGGACAAAGGUUUCGAGGAGGUGGGGGAGGAGGCUUCUUUAGAUCCUUGAGACCCUUUUUCGAUGGGUUAAACCAAUUUGAAUUCUUUGAGGCCUCUGGCGAAGACGAUACAUGCGAAGAAGAGCCGGUAACAAUUGCUGGGAGGGACGAAGAGACCGAUGUCAAUGAGGACGACGAAGGACAGAUCGCACAAUUCAUUUCAAGAACAGCUGCAUCCCAAAUUUGUCUAGAGGCCGAUGUUGGGGAAAGAAAGUGCAUUUGUUACAAAAGCCGUUUGUCGUUCCGUUGUCGCUCAAACUAUUGCUUGAAGUGCGGAAAUUGUAACAUGUUUUUCACCCCUGAAGAAAUAGACAAUGAGGCAUUCAUUGACGACCGAUCCUUUGAGGAAAGCGGCGAAUUUGAAGAAUUUUCUCCUAAAUCUACCGCUUCAUCAUCCGGAGCAUUUGAAAAAAAAUGAUUGAAAACAUUGAUUUGGGCUAAUAAAACAAUUUUGCGAAUGUU